GGUCCGUCAGAGCCAAUGACGGCCCAUCCCUCAAAAACUCACGAAUCUCCCCUUCCGUUAAACCACCUCCCUCUCCUUUUCCUCAAACGGCUGCAUUCUUCUUCCUAACGUCGUCGUUCCCGUAACCCUGACUGUAACGUCCCUUCCAUUUCAUGGCGUCUUCCUGUGACGAGGAUUUCUCUCUCCUCGGCGAUGAUAACCACCAUCAUCACAUCAUCCACCACCCCUACCGAUACCCAACGAAAUCAACCCCGAUCCACGCGCCACCCGAGUCGGUCCUUCCUCUGGACGGUGAAGAAGACAGACAGGAUAAUAACGAGACAGAUUCAGCUUUCGCAGACGUGAACCCUUACAGCGACAAUGAGGCAUCAAAGAGAAGCGAACGAGAAGGUGAAAUUGAUGGAGGAGAGAAUCCGUACAACAUUUACAAGAGAGGAAGAUCCGGUGGAGGAGAGUACAGGAAGGAUCGUGAAGAGUGGAGUGACGUGGCAAUCGGAUGCUUGUUGGACGCGUACAUGGAGAAAUUUACACAGCUGAGUAGAGGGAAUUUAAGAGGGAGAGAUUGGGAGGAGGUGGCGGCGAUGGUGAAACAGGGUAAGAGUGUGGAGCAGUGCAAGAAUAAAGUUGAUAAUUUGAAGAAGAGGUAUAAACUGGAGAGGCAUAGGAUUACUACUGGUAGUAUUUCGACUAGUCACUGGCCUUGGUUUCAAAAAAUGGAGGACAUUGUUGGGAAUUCCUUGCCUAUCAAGGUUGCCCCCCCUGUCCCUGCCCCUGCUGACGAGGAUAAUGGUGGCGGUGGCGGUGGCGGUUCUUCUGCUAGCGUAUCCAGGCAAUCCAAGAGAUAUGCAAAUACAAUAGCUAGUCCUGCAGGUCAGACAAAUAACAUGAUGCCCAAAUCUAUGUCUAAAACCAGAUGGCGGAGAGUAAUCUUGAAAAUUAGCGGCGUUGCUCUUGCUGGCACUGGUCCUAACAACAUUGAUCCAAAGGUGAUGACGUUGAUUGCAAGAGAAGUUGCAAUGGCUUGCCAACUUGGUCUUGAGAUUGCAAUUGUUGUUGGAGCCCGUAAUUUUUUUUGUGGAAACACAUGGGUGACCGCAACAGGCUCACACAGACGCACUGCAUACCAAAUAGGUAUGAUGGCAAGUGUGAUGAAUUCUUUAUUGCUCCAGUCAGCAUUAGAGAAGAUAGGUGUUCAAACACGUGUGCAAACUGCAUUCGCAAUGCAGGAGGUUUCAGAACCAUACAGUAGGCAACGAGCUAUUCGGCAUCUAGAGAAAGGCAGAGUAGUGAUAUUUGGUGGCAUUGGUGCUGGCACUGGAAAUCCACUCUUUUCCACUGACACUGCUGCUGCUGUUCAAGCUUCAGAGAUUCAUGCUGAGGCAGUCCUUAAAGGUACCAAUGUUGAUGGCGUAUAUGACUGCCAUUCUCCAGACAGCAAUUUUAUAUUUGAGCACAUCUCCAUCAGGGACUUGGUCUCCAGAGGCGCUACAUCAAUGGACAUGAUGGCACUGACCUUUUGUGAAGAGAACAACAUUCCUGGUUGUUGUGAUCUUCAACCUCCUUGAGCCCGGGAACAUCUCAAAAGCAUUAUGCGGAGAGCAAGUUGGUACCCUGAUCGAUCAAACUGGGAGGAUCGGCUAAAUUCUACAACAUGCUUAGCGCCUCACUGGAUAUUUUAUUUCCAGAUACCAUAUGUAAUUGCUGUUACGUAGACCAUUCUGGGACAGUUUCUUGCAUCUAAAGUACUUUUUGUUGAGUUGAAAGGUUUUCUUGAUGCCUGUGAGA